AUGCCAUGGUUACCUAUAUUUAUGAAAUCAUUUCAAGAAUAUACCGAAAGCUUGCCUCGGGGUCUUGAGAUAGGAAGCUCCUGCAGUCUGGCAAACAGCAUCAUGAGAGAAGAGAUAAGCUGCAAGUCCUGUGACAUCACUAGCUCAGACUGCAUCCAUGACCAAAGGACUUCACCACUAAAUACUGCAUUCCAGAAUAGCUUUUCGGACAUCUUGGCUAAUUGUUUAAGUCACAUUUCACUUGGCCUAGAUAUCAAACACUCCAGCAAAGAUUCAGUGCCUACCAUACUGAGGAAUGAAACUGGAAUGAGCCAUUCAGUGCCCACCAUACUGAGGAAUGAAACUGGAAUGAGCCAUUCAGUGCCCACCAUACUGAGGAAUGAAACUGGAAUGAGCCAUUCAGUGCCUACCAUACUGAGGAAUGAAACUGGAAUGAGCCAUUCAGUGCCUACCAUACUGAGGAAUGAAACUGGAAUGAGCCAUUCAGUGCCUACCAUACUGAGGAAUGAAACUAGAAUGUGUCCCAUCUUCCACCACAGUAACGAGAAACCGUCUGCUAGCUGUGAGAGCAAAGUGAAUCGAUGUUAUAUAUGCUACAAGAUCCUACGAUCUUCUAGGUCUCUACUCACUCACUUACAGAGACAUGUCACUCUUCCCAGCUUCACAUGCACAGAGUGUGGAAAGUCCUUCUACAAAUCAUCCGAUCUGAAGAAGCACAAGCACAUCCACAAGGACAGCAAGCCUUAUGUCUGUGACUUCUGCUGCAGUUGCUUUAAUCAGAAGUCCAACAUGAUACGUCACCGCAAACUGCAUUUGAGACGCAAGAUUCAGGAAAUACUUGCGAAUGAUUUUACGCAAUAG